GUGCGCGACUGUUAUGUUGACUCAUGUGUGGUAUAGUUUUUAUUGUGUUUUACGCAAUAUGGAAAUAUAGGCCGUAACAAACUCAGGUACUUACUUUUAUCCAUUAACAGAAUUAGUUUCGUAAUAAUAUGGGUCAUCAGCUCUAUAUAAGGACUUCCCUGUCAUUGUUAAGAAACUGACCAACGAAAUGGGUACUACAGAAUUAAUUAUUUUUGCCUUUGCAUUCGGCAUAAUCGGGGUCUGCCAAGGUCAAUAUUAUGGCAGAAUGCGAGGUUUGAAUUCUAUUCACAAAGACACUUGCACUUGCUCUUGUGAAGAUCUCGCCUCACUCAUAGCCUUGGCGCGGGCUUUGGAAGAUAAAGAAGUAACAUAUCAAUACCCAACACCACCACCACCACCACCACCAACAACAACAACAACAAAUCCGACCCCAUGCCUCAGCAACUUCGAAGAGCUAAUCAUGAAAUUAGUUAAUGCUUUGGUUUACACCGCCACGGAAACCACUAAAAAUUCCUGCCACUGUCCACGUUCUACAUCUGUCCCAGCGACACCUAACUCCAAUUCAUAUUAUUCAAAUUCUGAUGAAGGUUUAAUCAAUAUCGACGUUCUUAACUCAAAGAAGAAUAAUAAUGUACUCGACUUAGAUGUUGCUAAUCAAAAUGUUGUGGGCGUUGGACUUGGAGGAAACAAUUAUAACGGAGCUCCAUCAACAGGACCAAAACCGUCCGGCCAUAAUCCGACAGGCCAAAAUCCAAAGGGUCAACAACCAACAGGCGGCAAAUAUCAACCAACAAGCAAUACCCAUUCGGACGAGGGAUUAAUAAACUUAGACCUUCUUAAUCCCAAUAAAAAUAAUAAUGUGUUAGACUUGGACAUAGGCAAGCAAGAUGUACUUGGUGUGGGCUUAGGUGGAAACGGAGGUGGAGGUGCAGUUCCAAAUACUAAUAAUAAUAGCUAUACAAAUAACGCACCUAAUGCUGGAGAGGGCUUAAUUAAUGCAGACCUACUUAAUCCCAAAAAAGAAAAUAAUGUAUUGGAUUUGGAUGUAGGUAAACAAACUUUGGUGGGUGUGGGGCUUGGUAAUUGAAAUAAAUCUGAAUUAUUUGUACCUAAUGUAAGUAACUGAUCCUCGAACGAUUUUUCUUCUCUUAAAUAAAAGAAAUUAUUAAA